AUGGCACCUGGAACCUAUCCCAUCACUGGACUUCCUGUACCGUCUGGUCAAGAACCGCCGCAACGGCAAGAGAUCACGGCCUGGAGUAACAAGCUUGAAAACGCCAUCCAAGUGUCGCUGUUCAUACAAGCUCUGAACAUCUUUCAAUCCAUGGACCCGUCUGACAAGUUAUCCUACUACCAAGUGGCCGGCAUUCAUGGUUUACCAGCCCAGUCAUGGGAUACUGACCCAGCCCCAAACAAGAAGCAGAAGUUACCCAUCACCGGCACGCCCCAGUUCUACUGUCCACAUGGAUCUCUCAUUUUCCCUACCUGGCACCGGGCCUACCUCGCCCUAUACGAACAGCUACUCAGCGGGAUCAUGACAGACAAAAUUCUCCCAAAUAUUGCGGACAAGACCGUGCAAGACAUAUGGGCCCUCGAGAUCACGCGCUGGCGCCUGCCAUACUGGGACUGGGCCAUGCCUCAGACAUAUCUUGGAACAUGCGGGGUGCCAGAAAUUGUUUCCCUUCAGGAGAUCGAAAUUGUCUCUCCAAAUGGCAUUGCUAAGCAGAAGGUACAGAAUCCAUUGUACAUGUUUACAACCGGAGUCAUCAGCGCCCUCAAGGGAAUACCGACUGCCAUGGAUGACGAGACGGCGUUUGGCAUCUGGAGAAUUAGGGGCAAACAAUCUAAACCGUUUGAUGCUUGCUCUGGGACUAGUCGUUAUGGAAUCACCAAUAAGCACACCCCGACAACGCAAGAAGCUCUGGGCAUUGAGAACAACGCCUCAGUCGCCGAGGCUCUACAGACACCCGAUUGGAACUCUAUGGAGGAACACAAGCUCGAUCCCAACAUGACGGGCUCUCUUCAGGACCAAGUUCAUCGUCUCUUGACUGCAGGGUACUUCCCGGACUACGCCACUUUCGCUACUACAGAAUACGGCAGCCCCAAGCUCUCACCUCCGCCUGCUACUGGCUGGUUGUCUCUCGAGUUCCUUCACAAUUGCAUCCACGUCUGGACCGGCGGAGAUGACGCGAAAACAGGCAUGGGUCACAUGGCUUACCUCACGGUUGCCGCCUUCGACCCUAUCUUUUGGUUGCAUCAUUCCAACGUUGACCGACAACUGGCAAUUUUUCAGGCACUCAACCCGACCCAUUGGUUUGAUGGGGGCUCUCCAACUAAGGACGAAACGUCGACAGGUCCUCUUCACCCAUUCCAUUCUGAUACCAACGGCACCCUCAUUACCUCCGAAAACGUGAAGGCCACCACAACCUACGGCUAUACUUACGAUGAUCUCAGCGCGCCCCCUGCUACAUUGCAGAAGACCAUCAACGAGAAGUACGGCGUUCUCCGGAAGCAUCUUCACGCGAACCGAAACCUGGCAGGGAAAACAAAUGACUAUGUCAUCAAUGUCCAGUACGACAGAUUUGCCCUCAAUGGCCGAAGCUACGCAGUUCAUUUUUUCGUUAAAGGAGAUGUACCAAGCAGUCCCUCCGAGUAUCGGGCCGCUCUCAACCAUGUUGGUAGCAUUCACACUUUCUCGACGGACUACUGGACUGCCGGCAACACCAAUGGGGUGGAUUGCCAGAAUUGCCAGGGUCAGCAGGCUGAGGGGGUCGUGGCAAAGGCUCAAGUUCCCAUCACCUUGGAACUAUUGUUCCGGGCCGUGAGUGAUGGCAACGCGUGGGCGGACCUAACAUCUCUCGAGCCCGACCAUAUCGAGAAGUAUCUCGAGCAGCACCUGAAAUGGGUUGUCGUUGCUGUGCCAGGAGAAGUUAUUCAGACGGAGAACCUUCCGGGUCUCAAAGUCGUGGUUCACGCAGGACAGUCCGAACACCCGGAGGACACGACUCAACCGUCCAAGUUCCAUAGCUAUAGGCCCAUGUGGAGCGUCACGCAUGGCAAGACCGGUGGAGCUCGCCGAGAGGACAAUGUCGUGCAUGCUGAUGAGGCCCGAAACUAG